GUCAGCAGAUAGUACUAGCUGUAAACAGUUGAAGAUAAUGAAUAUAAUGCAUAGUAUGGAAUCAGCUUGUUUCUGCUACAUUCCAAAUGGAACAAUGUACUUACAAAAUACUUGGUCAAGUAUUCAGGUGUUCACAAACAGCACUGGAUUAUUUCAAGUGGUGUAUAUCCCAGAUGAGCGUGACUGCCAAAAUUCCGAACAUUUGCUCGACUUUUUGAAGUGCCUGAUUAGCAACAUUUGGCAGCCUAGUGUGUCUAAUCAAACGCUCAUAACAGUGGACCAGUAUGUUGGGAAAACAUGUUUCAGGAUCGAACCAACAAAUAAAAUACUCUACACUGUGAGAGUACAACAAAAGAUGUUGGAUAGCAAACUCGUUCUGUUAUUUGUUGCCGGUGGACUUCUUUUUCAUUUUGCCUAUAACCUGAGCAGAAGUAAUAUCUUCUAUUAUUCUGCUGGGAUAGCAUUUGGCAUUUUCAUACCUCUAGUCUUUCUCGUUUUCAUGCUUAAAAGGUUUAUUCCCAAGCUAAGUACCUUCUGGAUUUUAAUGAGUGGCUGCUGGUUCUCUUCUCUGUAUAUGUUCUAUGUUUCAAGAGAAAAACUGAAAUGGAUGUGGAACAAUUCUACAUAUUAUAUACUGGGGUAUAUUUUAUCAGUUGGAUUGAUCUCUUUUGCUAUUUGCAAGAAGCACGGGCCACUCGGCAGCCAGCAAAGUAUGAACCUCUUGAUGUGGAUGUUGCAGCUGAAAGGCCUGAUCUUAAUUUAUUUUGGCAUUGCAAUCCCCUGGGUUGCCUAUGCAGUCAUAACUGCUAUGCUCUGUACAAAACUCCUGCAUUAUCCCCUUCGAGCAUCCUGCUAUAUUGGCAAAAAAGCUGCUCAGUAUUUCCACCCAGAAAACUUGGAGACUCGUUAUCUGACAGAAGACGAAUACCGGGAACAAGGAGAAACAGAGACCGUGAAGGCCCUGGAGGAGCUGCGCAUAUUCUGUAGGAAUCCCACUUUCCCCUCUUGGGUAGCUGUGGUCAAACUGCAAUCCCCACAAAAGUAG